AAACUUAGCAACCAGGCCAUUCAGCCAAAAUUCAGUAUCAAUCACAAACAUAUGCUCUGCACCGCAUUGUAUUUGAUGUGAUGACAGGUAUAAAUUCUAUGCUUGUCCACAAGGCGUUUCAUGAGGAGAAAGUUCCUUUUCUUGCUGGCCUGGCGCUUCAUUUUCCUCUGCACAUUCAUUCAUUUGGUUCGGCUGCCUUCUUCCAUGCGUCCUCUUCUAUGUUCGCUUUCGCUCACUCUUUUCUUCUCAUCCGCUUGGGCUACUCUAGUCACUGUGACUGUUGACGACCAGAAUGGCGACCCCACAAAUACUGUACUUUAUACUCCUCAAGAGGCCUGGGCUGUCAACAGUCCUUGCAAUGAAUGUGACGCUCAAGUUAACGCGUCCAAAGCAUAUGAUGAGACAUGGCAUGUCGGUAAAUUUAAUAACAAAAGCACAUCGGUGCUCUACGCAUCGUAUUCGUUCUUUGGUAGCGCGGUCUACGUCAAGUGUAUUCUUGCACUCACUGCCGAACAUCCGACAGGAAGAAGUGAUAUGACUUUCUUCAUAGAUGGUAUUCAAGCAGGUACCUACAGCUCAGAACCGGAUCCAUCCGGUCAAGGCUACGAGUACAAUGUCACCGUGUUUGCCCACGAGGGCUUGUCUUCCGGUAGCCACAAUAUUCAAAUCCAAAGCGGUCAUAUGGGAGAUAAUACAUCUUUGAUCCUCUUGGACUCUAUCAUCUAUUCCUACGAUGAUGAUGAACAGAGUACAACAUCUCAGUCUGUUGCCGUGCCUAGUCUGACAUCAAAUUCUUCGGGCGCGCUCAACAAUGCCACUGCCAGCUCGUCUGCAACCCGUAGAAAGACUAUCGAGUAUGUCUUAGGGACGCUGGGUGGCGCGCUUGUUAUAGGACUCACAUUUUAUAUCUACCUGAGGUGGAGGAGGAAGGGCACCCAUAUCCUUCCGAUAACAAAAGAUGGACCUGGCUUUGAUGGGCCCUCGAAUCAAAGCCAGCAUCUUUCUGGCUUUGCGCGGCUUCGACGCCAUCAUCACUCGUACAGCUUCAACCCCAAUCUUCUUGUACGAAAGACAGUCAGUAAGCCCGUCAACGUCAUGACGAUGUAUGACCCCCGCCAUCGCCCCCCACCCCUCCAUGCAGAAUUCCUCAAUACGCAGGAUAACGGCAUCGUUUCACCGUUUCCUUCGGGCAUUUCUUCCGAAGAUUACAACUGGCUGCUCUCCGUCCAACAGUGGCGCAGACAAACAUAUGAAGAAACGGCAGACGUUGUCUCGCCGGGACUCCCAGAUUUGUCGGAGGAGCUUUCUAGUUACUAUGAAGACGCAACGGAGUCCUACCGCACCAAGCCUCCACCGAGGCCGCGGCCGCCGCGACGCUUCACCGUCAUGAAUGGAUGACCGUGACCGUGAUCGAUACGUGUUCCGAAACUACCCAGUCAAAGGUUAAUCGUAUUGAAUUGCUAUACAUGAUUUAACUAUCCAAGAUUUCAUAGUGCACCUACACUAAGGCACCUAAAGAUUAGAUUUGUUUUUUAUUCGUAUUAUUUCCCAAUCCUCCAUAGUAGAAUCGCUGACGACGGACGCCCAAAAAC